CUUAGCACGUGACAAGCAACACGCUCACACAACUGUGCUUUAUUGUUAUUUGAUGGUUUUAUUGUAAAUGAAUUGAGGCUCUCAUGAAGAUGUGGAUUGUACUGCUGCUGCUCUUAAUACAUUCAGAGACAGUAAUUUGCUACAGUGAUGGAAACGUUGAAGCGGCUUGUGAGGACAUGACACCUCAACAUGGUUAUGAUCCCAAAACCACAGAUCCACCUUUCAUCAUCACAGCAGACAAAUCCCAGUUCAGCCCUGGAGAUGAAGUCAAAGUCACAUUAACAAUGGGGUCUUCAGAAGGCAAAAAGUACUUCAAGGGAUUCCUCAUAGAAGCAAGGAAUGCUGGAAAUCUCGAUGAACUUGUUGGAUCAUUUAAGUUAAUCAAUCCUGACCUAUCUCAGCUUCUGAGGUGCAACAAUAAAAGGAACUCUGCUGUGAGUCAUACCAGUGGCCAUCACAAGACUGAGGUCCAGGUGAUCUGGGUUGCACCGCCUGACUCUCCUUCCAGUGUGCAGUUUCUGUUAACUGUUGCCCAAGGCAUGCAUGAUUAUUGGGUGAAGAUUCCAGGUCCACUUGUGUCCCAAAAUGGUGUUGCUCCUUCAUCACAAACUACUCUUGGAGGUUCCAUUCAAAGCGAAACCACAACUUCCUCCAUACUGUCACGUCCAUUCACAUCUGAGGGCUGUGGAAUCGAGAAGUCCUGUUUGAGAGAUCCAGAGGGCUGUGAGCCACAAAAUGAUGCUGCGUGUCACUUCCUGUCCUUCAGAGCAGAGGGUAAUAGUGUGAUGUUUGAGCUCAGUGGACCUGCAGAAGGAUAUGUCUCCUUUGCCUUAUCACUGGACAAAUGGAUGGGGAACGAUGACGUUUAUCUGUGCAUUAGAGACUCAGACAGAGUUGACAUCAAGGCUGCGUAUGUUGUUGGACGAACUCACCCACAAAUCUCCUCACAGAAUGUUCUGAAAGACAGGGCUUGGAGACUAUCAGAUGGAGUGAUUCAGUGUAGCUUCCGUAGAGAAGUUCAUCAGCCGCCUGAAGAUCUGAACCGAUUCAGCCUGGAUCAGAUGUACUAUCUCUUCAUGGCUCACGGUCGUGCUGAUGAUGGACGAACUCAUCGACAUGACCGGCAACCCCUGAUUUCAGCCUCUCAGACAGACAUGACGGGAUCUCCAAAAGAAAUAGGUGGUUCUCGCUCGCCCCUUCUCAUCAAAUUUCAUGGGGCUUUAAUGUUGAUUGCCUGGACUUCAACAGUCAGUGCUGGGGUCAUCAUGGCACGAUACUUCAAACCCGACUGGCCUGAGCAGAACAUUUUGGGGCAGAAGGUCUGGUUUCAGUUACACCGAAUUCUGAUGAGCCUCACAGUUCUGCUCACUCUGGUCGCCUUUGUUUUGCCUUUUAUCUACAGAGGAGGUUGGAGCAAGCGGGCAGGAAUACACCCGUAUUUGGGCUGUGUUGUCAUGGCACUGACUCUCAUCCAACCUGUCAUGGCACUUUUCAGACCUGCACCAGACGCUGCAAGGAGAUACAUCUUCAACUGGAUGCAUUUUGGAACAGGAACAGCAGCUCAGAUUGUGGCUGUUGUCACUGUCUUCCUCGGGAUCCAUCAGCAAGCUCUGUUUCUGCCCUCUCCGUGGGCCACAGGACUCCUGGCCUUCACUGUCAUCUGGUUUGUGUUGGCAGAUUUGGUGCUGGAAAUCCAUCGAAGGGGGUUUUUACCUGUAGGUAAAUAUUUUAAAAACGUCAAAAUCUACACAGAGCAUAUUAAUUCUGAGGACAAAGAGGAGGUUGUGUUUGUUCCUGACCAGAGUGAGACUCUUAGCAAUGAAUCCCUUUUUAAAAAUGUAGUGCUGGCUGUUUAUCUCUGUGGAAAUCUGGGAUGCCUGUGUGUUUUCCUUUGGACCAUCAUUGCAUUAUGACAAACUCCCAGCAUUCACAUCCACAUUUAGUCUCUGGUAAUUUCACCAAUUGUGUCUAAUUUAUAACAACCAAAGACAUACGGAGCAAGAUUGAAUUAUGACAGACCAAGUGUCAAAUUUAUGGGGAUAUAUUUAUAGGGGAUAGUUCACCCAAACAUGAACAUUUUGCCAUCAUUUACUCAACCCUAUGGAAGUCAGCGGCAACUAGCAUUUUUCAAAGUAUCUUCUUUUGUGUUUAACAGAAGAACGAAACUGAUUAAGGUUUAAAAACCACAUGAGGGAGAAUAAAUGAUUAGGGUUUUUUUUUGGUGAACUAUCCCUUGAAGUAGAAUGUAAUAGAUGUAAUUGUUAUUUUAGAGUUAUGGAUUUUGUUUAAUUUAAAAUUGUGUUUUCCUUUGGACCAUCAUUGCAUUAUGACAAACUCCCAGCAUUCAUUUCCACAUUUAGUCUAUGGCACUUUCACCAAUUGUGCCUAAUUUAUAACAAUCAAAGAAAUACGGAGCAAGAUUGAAUUAUGACAGGCCAAAUGUAAAAUGUAUGGGGAUUUAUUAAAGGGAUAGUUCACCCAAAAAUCUAAAUUCUGCCAUCAUUUACUCAACCCUAUGGAGUUCAGUGGCAACCAGCAUUUUUCAAAGUAUCUUGUGUGUUCAACAGAAGAAAGAAACUCAUUAAGAUUUAAAAACCACAUGAGGGAGAAUAAUUGAUUAGGUCAUUUUUUUCGUGAACUAUCUAUUUAUGUAGAAUAUAAUAGAAUUAUUAGUUUAGAUUUAUAGAUUUUGUCUAAUUUAAAAUUUCAUUUCUAGACUGCUGAUGUACAAAUCAAUUUAUUUUUAUUUUUAUAAAAUUUUUAUAAUAUUUUGACAAUUAUGUAUACAAUUAUUUGUAAAAUAACUACUGCUUCUUUUAAAUUCUGCUCCUGAUUUUGUCUUUCCGUUAUUUGUCUUUUGCCUCUUUAUCUAUAAAAAUUUCCUUUGUAUCUCCGACAGUCAGUGUUUAGUUUACAGAUCAAGCAAAAUUACACCAGUCCUGACUCUGUGAUUGUCUUUUUAUGAACUUAAAAUUAUGUUUUUGAACACCUUGUUUUGGAUGAAGAUUUCUGAAAGUAUUUCAUAUUGAUUUGUCGACUCCAAUCAGAAACUGAAGUGCCUGAUAAAGACUGUUACUAUUGCCUGAAGUGUAAACAUUCUUUUGCACAUGCAGUGAAUACAGAGGUGUAUUUUUUUUUUACAAAGAUGUUUUUUUUUUCAUAUGAAGUGGACCAUUUAUUAUGGUUUUUACGCAAAUUACAACUUGUGUCAAAUAAAUAUUUUCCAGUUAA